AGUCAGGGUCUUCUACAAGUACGUACUUCAUGCCACCCUGAUAGGCACCUGCAUUUCAUUUGAAACAUACACAUAAAAGAACUUCGGAUUGCUCGCUACACAAAGGCGUCUCCCUAAACUGUUACCUAGGUACCGACCUAACAUACGCACAUCACCAUCACCAUGACCUGUGGCGACCUCUUCCUCGGCCUCAUUGCCGUCCUCUUUCCUCCCAUUGCAGUCUGGAUCAAAUCCGGAAUCUGCUCCUGCGACUCUCUGAUCAACAUUCUCCUCUGCAUGCUGGGAUAUGUUCCAGGGCUACUGCAUGCCUGGUACAUUAUCGCCCGGAACCCCGAACGUGACUACGAUUACGAGGCCGUCCCAGACACCGAAGGACAGCGCGUCACAUACUACUACAUUCGACACGAGCCUUCACGAAGAGAUUAUGGUACACAGCAGCAAGGACACAACCGGCCUGCCCCGCCACCGCCGAAGGCUCAAAACCGGCCUGCACAAAAUGGUCAGGGAAGCAACAGACCGGCACCUCCGCCUCCUGCACAAUUGGAAGGACCGAGCGUAGGUGCAGGGAGCGGAGAUCAGGGUGCCCCUCCCAGCUACUCAGAUGUUAUUAAGGGAGACAACAAAAUCCAAAGUCAAGACUAAGCACCUAUGCCUAAUGAACGCGGUGGAAUUGUAUGAAUGUAGUGUCUGAAAGCCUGUUCAAGUCGGGACAUUCCGUCGGCGUUUAGGGGUUGUAUGGCUUGACAACUACAGUUAAUGCGCUCUUGAGGUCGGGGGAGUCUCAGUCAGCCGGAACAUUUCAUGAUCUUGUCUUCAG